CACCGGUUUUGACUUCCUGGUUUUUGCACGCUAACAGUGAUGCACAAUGAAAAUCCCUACUUUAUUAAGUUUGUUUGCUGCAUGUUUUGUUGCGGGGAGCGCGAACAUAGAGGAAAACGUGGGACAGUUCUUCAGCAGCGGUCAUACCAACAACUGGGCCGUCCUGGUGUGUACGUCCAGAUUUUGGUUUAACUAUCGUCAUGUGGCCAAUACUUUAUCAGUCUACAGAAGUGUGAAGAGACUGGGCAUCCCUGAUAGCCACAUAGUCCUGAUGCUGGCCGAUGAUAUGGCUUGUAACCACAGAAAUCCUAAACCAGCCACAGUCUUCAGCCACAAGAACAUGGAGCUGAAUGUGUAUGGUGAUGAUGUGGAGGUGGACUACAGAGGAUAUGAGGUGACCGUGGAGAACUUUCUGCGUGUUUUGACCGGAAGGCUGCCACCCAGCACUCCACGCUCCAAACGCCUCCUCUCUGAUGACCGAAGCAACAUCCUCAUCUACCUGACAGGCCAUGGUGGAAAUGGCUUUCUCAAGUUCCAGGACUCAGAGGAGAUUAGUAAUGUGGAACUGGCUGAUGCAUUUGAGCAGAUGUGGCAGAAGAGAAGAUACAAUGAGCUGCUCUUCAUCAUUGACACCUGCCAGGGUGCCUCCAUGUAUGAGAGGUUCUACUCUCCCAACCUCAUGGCUUUGGCAAGCAGUCAAGUGGGAGAGGACUCUCUGUCGCACCAGCCAGACUUGGCAAUAGGAGUACACCUGAUGGACCGGUACACCUUCUACCUGCUGGAGUUCCUGGAAGACAUCCAUCCUGCAAGCAAAGCCAACAUGAAUGAUCUGUUCAAAGUAUGUCCCAAGAGUCAGUGUGUCUCUACUCCGGGUCACCGUACUGACCUCUUCCUCAGGGACCCAGGAAGUGUCCUCAUCACAGACUUCUUCGGUAGCGUCCGCAAAGUGGAGAUCACCACGGAAACCAUCAGCUUGACUGACCCCAUCAAGCAAGUGGAGGAGAUUGCUGUGCAUGGAGAGCAAGAAAAGGAGACUUACUCAUAUGUGGACCAGCUUCCGGUGUCUGAGAUUAUCCAUCAGAAACCAAAACAGAAAGACUGGCAUCCCCCUGAUGGCUUCAUCCUGGGCCUGUGGACCCUAAUCCUCCUGGUGUUUUUCAAAUCGUACGGCGCCAAGCACCUCAAACACAUCUUCUGAGGCUUCAGCGUUUACGCCGCUGGAUAUUUGGGGAUGUGCAGCUUCAAACCGGCUGCUGAAGGAGUAUUAGAGGGAAGGUGCAAUUUGUGACAGGCUUGUUAUUUUUCUGAAAAUGGAAAGGAGAUGUAUGGCACCGCAGCUGCUCGGUACGAUAGUGAAUGAUGCAAUCAGUGCCUUUUUUCCUUGGAGGCAACUGUGCUCUACUGUUGAAAUGCAAACACUAUACUAUAUAUAAUAUAUAACAAUAUUGUUUUUUGUAUUUCAAUGUGAAAAAGGGACAAAUACUUGAAAGUUGAACAUUAGAUUGGUAUGUUGGUUGGGCUGGGUAUCAUACAUCCUUUUAUGCCACUGACCAAAUUACUAAGAUAUGGAUUAAUAACAAAUAAUAUCAACUACAUUUCAGUAUGUAAAGAGUAAAUCUCAUCACUCUUAGUGCAUGCAACAUGCACAUACUGUGUUUAAAGACUUUAAUGUCAUGUCAACAGAUGACGGUUAUUUUAUGUUGUUGACAGGUUUUUUUAUGUUGUAAACCUGGUUUGAAUGGUUAAACACCAAGGUGCUCAAACAUAAAACUAAAGAUGCAAAUGGACAGAUGGAUCUCUCUCUCACUCUGUGAUAUAAGUUUCUGUCUAGUCACAGGUGUUUUCAGACAGGCAAGGGGUUAAAUAUAUGAUUGACGGCUGUAAUUGGCAAUCACUGAUGCAGAUUCUGUUAAAAAUCAACCUGGACAUAACUUUACUGCUGUACUCUGGCUACCCGUAGAAGCUUAGAAAAGUGGCUUCAUGUCUCCAUAACAGCAUGAAACAACAUAAGCUCAUCUAUAUUUUUCUUUCUGUAUUUGUCUUUUGAUUUGGAUUGAAAGAUAAGAUCUGCAGGAGUAGGUAGGCAUUUCCAAAUUCUGCUAUUUUUCCCUCUGAUUUUGGUCUUGCAACAUUAAUCCGCUACUAUGUUAUUAAAUAACGUUUUUUUUUUUUUUUUUUUUUUUUUAUCAUGAAGCUGCUUUGAGUGACUAAAAUGCAAAGGAAGUGAAGAAUAAAACAAAAGAUGUAUAACAUGUAAUUUUCUCAUUGUUAUAGUGGAAAAUUGGUGUCAAAGUAUGCAGGAACAGGUAUUGAAACAAAAGUAUCAUGGAUAUCAGCGAUAAGUAUGUUUUUCAAAUCUAUGGAUGAUACCCAGCCCUACAUAUGGAUGUAGCUGUCUUUAAAGGUUCAAUGUGUGAUAUUUAGUGACAUCUAGUGGUGAAUUUGCAGACUUCAAAUAGUGGUCUCUUCUGAGCUUUUCAGUCAAGGGAAUAUUAACUCUAGCGUUAAGAUGACUUACCAUCGCCUACUAUGUUUGAGUGGAAACAAAAUGCAGUAAAAUGGAAAACAACGAGACGUCCAAGCUAAGGUAUAAUUUGGCAGACUCCAUCUGCUAAUAUAAAUAGCUAUUUUUAAGGUAAAACGAAACCAGUCAUUGUCCAUACACUAAUUAAAAGAUGAUUCUCAUUGUUUUCCAUUCCUCUUAAAUCCCCUAAAUCGGGGGUGUCAAACUCAUUUUAGUUCAGGGGCCACAUACAGCCCUAUAUAAUUUGAAAUGGACCAGACCAAUAAAAUACUAAGAUUGAAAAAAGUUGAAUUGCAUUAUGAAAAUGUUUACAUCUACAAAGUUUCCUUAAAAAUGUGAAUAACAUGAACAACAUGAAAUGUCUUUAACAUUUGAUUACAAUGGACCUACAAAUACACAAAUCAUUAGUAAUAGGCAUGUCUUAAAGGGGGCAUAUUUUGCUAAACCCACUUUUAUUAGUCUUUGGUACAUUUAUUUGUGUAUUUGGGGAAUUGGUGAAUUUGAACCCUCCAGGUGCUGCAAAGCUAUCUUUUAUAUUCAUCCUGGCA